CAAUUCUUGGUUCACGAAUUCUUAGACGACUAAGGAAUCUUUGGACCAAGCACGCGACUGCGACGAGGCCAUCCUGGUGCCGCCGCACAUUCACCAGUGCGCAGACUUUGAACCGCAGACAGAUCCCAAGGCCCGCGUUGUGCUUGCUCGACUUUGGAAAGGGACAUCAGCAUCAUGGCGGCGACCAUGCAAUCUGCGGUGCGACUGCCAACACCUGAACUGGGAGGGAAUUCACGACCUCGCGCGGACAGCGAAGCCCGAUCGAAAAAGCGCAAUUCCGAAUCUCGCUCACCAUCCCCUCGUCGCAAUGCGCCUCCUCUUCGUCGACGGUCAUUCUCACGAAGUCCUCCGCCGCGAUCUGCUUUACCUCGUGAUGUUGACCGUUCACGGGCUCAGGAACGGGCUAGGCAGUUGGAGUUACGCCAGCGAGAUGAAGCAACAGCGCCGUCCAAGCCUCUCACAGCUGCAGAGAAGCAGGCAUCAGCGAAAGCGGAAUAUGAUCGGUUGUUGACGAUGCGAUCUGGAGGCACUUAUAUCCCUCCUGCACGUCUGCGAGCUUUGCAAGAUCAGAUCACGGAUAAGACGUCGAAGGAAUUUCAGCGCAUGGCAUGGGAAGCCCUCAAAAAGUCUAUCAAUGGACUGAUCAACAAAGUCAACGUGUCGAAUAUUAAACACAUCGUUCCUGAGUUGUUCAACGAAAACCUGGUCAGAGGUCGAGGACUUUUCUGUCGAAGUAUCAUGAAAGCUCAGGCAGCAAGUUUGCCAUUUACACCGAUCUACGCUGCAAUGGCAGCUAUUGUGAACACAAAGCUUCCCCAAGUCGGUGAGCUUCUGGUCAAUCGCCUGAUCAUGCAGUUCCGGAAAGCAUUCAAAAGAAACGACAAGAGUGUGUGUCACAGCAGCACUACAUUUUUGGCGCAUCUCAUAAACCAACAGGUGGUGCACGAAAUGGUUGCUGCGCAAAUUUUGCUGCUACUUUUGAAUAAGCCAACGGAUGACAGCGUUGAAAUUGCAGUUGGUCUGAUGAAAGAAGUGGGUCAGCACAUUGAAGAGAUGAAUUCACAAAUCGCAUUGCUGGUCUAUGACCAGUUCAGAAGCAUUCUUCAUGAAGCUGAAAUUGAUAAGCGAACACAAUAUAUGAUCGAAGUGCUGUUUCAGGUGCGCAAAGACAAAUAUAAAGACAAUCCGGCGAUCAAGGAAGAACUCGAUCUGGUUGAGGAAGAUGAUCAGAUCACGCACAGGCCAGGGUUGGAUGAGGAUUUGCCUAUCGAAGAUGGUGUGAACAUCUUCAAAGUCGACCCGGAAUAUGAGGCAAAUGAGGAGGCAUAUCGAAAACUCAAAGCCGAAAUCUUGGGUGAGGACUCGGGAAGUGAAGAUGAGGAAGGAGACGAUGAUUCAGAUGCAAGCAGUGACGAUGACGAAGAAGCGGUGGCGGAAAAGGCUGUCGAGAUCAAAGACCAGUCGAAUACUGAUCUGGUGAAUCUGCGACGUUCCAUCUACCUCACAAUCAUGUCUUCGGGUCAAUUUGAAGAAGCAUGUCAUAAGCUCAUGCGGAUCAACCUGCCGAGUGGGCGCGAGGAAGAACUGCCGUCGAUGAUUAUCGAAUGUUGCAGUCAGGAGCGCACAUACAACAAGUUCUUCGGCCUGAUUGGAGAAAGAUUCUGCAAGCUCAACCGACUUUGGCAAGAUCUCUUUCAAGAUAUGUUUUGCAAAUACUACGACACCAUUCACCGAUACGAGACGAACCGCCUGCGCAUCAUCGCACAGUUCUUUGGGCACUUACUCUCUUCGGAUGCUAUCGGAUGGCACGUUUUCAAUGUGGUCCAUAUCAACGAGGAGGAAACUACGAGCUCAAGCCGUAUCUUUGUGAAGAUUUUGUUCGAGGACCUUGCUUCCGGAGUUGGCAUGCCUGGACUUCGAGAUCGUUUCAGGGAUGACGCCAUGCAACCCGCUCUUGCAGGACUCUUUCCCACGGACAAUCCCAUCAAUACUCGGUUCAGCAUCAACUUCUUCACUGCCAUUGGUAUGGGUAUGCUAACGGAAGGCAUGAGAGAAUGGUUGGCCAACCGACCAAAGCCUGCGCUGGUCGCGCUGCCUCCUGCUCGUGAAAAAAGCCGAAGCAGAAGCGAGAGUGUUAGCAGCUACUCGAGUUACGAUAGUCGCUCUUCCCGAUCAUUGUCGCGAACACCACCUAGACGCGAUCGCCGCAGGGGCAUGGAGUCACCGGGCGGGCGUGGUCGGUCACUCACCCGGUCUCGCAGCCCUCCGAGACGGAAACGGACCGUUUCAUAUGACUCGCGAUCACCUCCACCAAGAAAAGACAAAGGAGCUGCGGAUGUCUCGCGUUCGCCAGUGCGAGGACGCGACCGAUCUCUAUCUGACGAAUCACGCUCGCCGCCACCACGCCGUGCGCGCUCUGCAUCCUACGAUUCUCGAUCACCUCCUCCUCGUCGCCGCGCCCGUUCGUCCGUCUCCGACUCGAGAUCUCCACCUCGGAAGAGCACGACUAGCCGACGCUACUCCGACUCCCGCAGUCCGCCAGCAAAGCGACGAGCUCGUAGCGCCAGCGCAAGCUCCAGCGACCGGUCCCGCUCCCCACCGCCUCGCGCUCGUCGCGCACAAGAUUCCCGGUCCCCUUCUCCCCGCCGACGACCACUCUCGCGCGACUCCGCCGCACCCGCUCCUGCAAGCCGCUCCAACCGCUCUCCCCUGCCGAGCCGGAAGCGCGCCCGCAGCACCAGCAGUAGCUUCGACUCCCGCUCUCCCUCUCGCACGCCCCCUCGACGCCGUCGCUCUCCUGUCUCCAAACGUCGUCGUGGUUCUUCAUCCUCGCCACCACCUCGAAGAAACGGAUCGCGGGAUGCGCCCGCCUCGAAGAGUGCGUCAAAGGAUACGAGCAAGCCUCCGCCGCCGAAAGCGGAUGCUGGAGAUGAUCUCAGCAACAUUCAUCCCAGCCGUCGGGGCUUGGUGGGACCUGAGGGCGGUCAGCGGAGAAGAGCGCAGGCGAGCGAUUUCAUGUAAAUUAAUCCGAAAGAAGCUGCGCAUGUAUGUAUAUGCUCGAGAGAAAGAACGGAGAGAGAACGUUCAUUCUUGAGUAAUAAAGUUAAAGUUGCUCACGGUAUAUACAACCUCCUGACUCAUCACAAACAUAAUACAACGGGCAGUGUCUUGUCUUUCAAAGUACAUGCUGUAUCACUUUUUCUCACAG